AUGGAAAACACAACAAAAAGUGCAAACAAGACGGCGGAGUCAUCAAAAAAGCCCAGAAAUGAAGGGCUCUCCAAACUAAAGGGCAGACAUACAGAGACAGAGCCAAGCAAAGAGAAAAAGAAGUUCAUCAAACCGAAGAGAAAUUUCAACACAGUAACCAAUAUGGUAGCUGCAGCUGAGGCCAGACAAGUGCAGUGGAGGACUAAGACUGACGAAGCCCACAAAAUCAGACUAGUACUUCUAGAAGAUCAUAACCUCUCCAGCCGGGAUAAGAUGGAGGAGAUCUCCAGGGCGUGGAACAACACUAAAGAGAAGGUGGAGGUGCAGGCAACUUUUCUCCAGCAGCAGCAGCUGUUUGAGCAGCUAAUGAACGAGAAGAGACAGAUCAUGGAUGCUCUUCAGCAGGAGCUGAAGGCCAUUGACGAGAGGCUUGUGGUUCAGUCCAAGAAGCAGACAGAAGAUCUUCCGUUGAUGCUGGAGAGGAUGAAUGAACAGGAGCAGAGUGUGAUCAGGGCUCAGAGGGAGGAGCUGGCCAAGUGGAAGGAAAAUAUGCAGAAACAGGAGGAAACUAAACAUGCUGAGGAAAAGAGUGCAUGGGACAAGUGCAUGGAGAAUCUCAUAAAGACAGAGGAGGAGAAACUGCUGAGGAGGCAGCAGGCUCUGGAUGAGUUUAACUUGGAAAUUGACCAAAGGAUAUUUGAUGCAGCUGAAAAAAUGUACAUCAACAGGCACAAAAUCUUUACUGCUGUUCAGAGCCAGAUGCUGGAGCAACUCCAGGUGGCAUCAGAGAGUAUCUCCAUCCUGGAGAAAGUUGAGAAGCUGACAUCAGAAAACACUACACUUGAAGCCAAAUGCAGACUGACCAUAGCUGAACUAUCCAGUGUAAGGUCUGAGCUUAAAAAACUGAACAAAGACACUAAAGAAGCAGAAGCUGAAAAUAACAAACAUCUGAAGAAGUUGAAGUGUAAAGUCCAGGACAAUGAACACCUCCAGAAGAAGAUCCUGCACUUUGCAUUUGCUGAUGCCAUGAAGUUUGAGAACAUCUGGCUGACAGUGGAUGCAGAGGUGAAUGAGCUGCUGAAGAGGGCUUUAUAUCUGUACUCCACCAUCUACCAGCAAGUCCUACAUCUCCCCUGGGAGCAACCAAAGCUGAGCUGUGAAGAGCCGAAGAGGAGAUGGGAUGAGGGGAAUGCAGAGGAGAGGGGCAGAGUGACCACCCCAAGGACUAUACAAAGACUCAUGGAGAUACUAUGUGAAGAGGCGGGUUUCUUGAUUGAUGUUAAAAUAGUAAAAGAGCUCAGUGCGUUGGAUGAAAAUGAGCAGACUCUAAUGAAAGUGGACUGUCUGUUUAAUACUCUUGGCAUUGAUGAUGUGUCCCAGUUGGUGGAGUUCCUGUGUAAAUAUGGCCAGCAGCGCAACACGCAAAGUGAAGGAGCGGAGACUACAGAGCCCAGGUGCUCCACAGGUGAAGUCCAGACCAAUUCUACAGCUCUUGCAACCUCUGACCCCACUGACCCAACUGACGUCCUGCAAGCUCUCAAGUCCUUCAUCGACUGUCACAAACAGGGAAGGCUCAGGGAAAAGUGGAUUGUGCAGAGUCUGGAAGUCCGAGACAUGUCUAAACAGAAGGCCUACUGGGAGAGCCUGGCCAGUGCCAUCACACCCCAUAAACUCCACAUCUGGGAGGGGGCUGAGAGGAGCCUCAAACAGCACUAUGCUGUUCUUUGCCGGAUGUCCGAGCUCCUCCAGGAGAUCCAGGGUCUUCAGCAGGAGAACACAGAGUUGCAGGAGCUACAAAAGCUGUGUCUGGACCAAUCCUUGUCCACCGGGCCACAAUUGAAUUCUCAUAGCACUUUACCAUAG